AUGGUUGGCUUUGCGGAUUCGUUCUGGACACCAGAUUAUGCCACUGGUCUAGGGGUGCUCUAUGGCAAACUCCAGCAGGGUGUGGUGGAGAAUAAGCAGAUCCUGACAAUUGCGGGCAUGCGUGCGGAAGCCGAAGAUCAGUAUGGGUUGAAACUUGGAGACAUUGCACCGAGUGUAGAUCGGAUGACAACUGGAUUUGCUAAGGAUGAUGGGGCGAGUGUGAGGAAGGCAUAUGAGGGUGUUCGCACGGAAAUGGUCGAGGCGUCUAGGAAUCAUCAGAAGAUCGCUUCCAAUAUCCGGGAACUCGUUGUGUCGCCGUUUCGACGUUGGUGCGAUCAGCACGAGGCUCGAAUUGCAAACUCCCACGAUGAUCUUCAGGCCCGCAUUAAGGAGCAUACUAAGCAGGUGGAAUUGGUCAAAAAGCUGAGGAGUCAUUAUUUCAACAAAUGCCGUGUGGUGGAGGAUCAGGAAGAGGAGAAUAAGCUUGCUUUCCAGGCUCCUGAGACCAGCCCUAAGCCCAAGCCAACUCCUAAGAUUGUCUUGCCGGAUGAAGAGACCCCUGAUGAAGAGCCGGUAGAGAUUGGCGAGCGCAUGUACCCUCCCGAGGAGGUUAAGAAGCUCCUGGUGCACAUGCUGGAAAACAUCAAGGUGGGAGAAGUCAAGGUCCCCAUCAUUGGAACCUACCAGAACACAUCAACCGGUGCCGAUAUUGUCGAGUAUACUCAAAAGUUCAUGAAUGCGAACAGCUUGACCUUGUCAGAGAACAUUGGGCAAGAUCUGGUCGACAAUGGCUUCCUCCGUUUGGUGGGCAACAUGGGCAACACAUUCGCCAACAGCUCGAAGAUGCGCUACCAGUGGCGUCCGAGAGUUUUCCAAAUCUCUGGUAUUCCCGAAAAGAAGAAGCCUCUGAUGCGUGUUACCUCCAUGGCCAACAGCGAGGACGGCAGCGAAUCGCCCAUUUCGUCUGUUUCGGAAAUGUUGUCAGGCUGGAACCCUCUCAACAACCCGUAUCCAAAUGAGACACCGGCAGAGAAGCUGCGCAGGGAAGCACAUGAUGCCGAUGAGCGAUACAAGGCCGCUGUGCGGAGGCUUGAUCAGAUUCGAUGCAAGCUUGAGGAGGAGGUUGUGGAGAAUCUCCGCUUCAUGGAACAGUGUGAGCUGGAUCGUCUCAAGGCGAUCAAAGCUGUUGUCCUCGACUUCUCCGGCGCAAUUAGCAACGUCAUUCCCAACUUGCAAAGCACCGUGGACCACAUGAUGCUGUACCAGGAGACAAUCCAGCCUCUGGGAGAUCUUAGAUAUCUUUUGGAAAAUUACCGGACUGGCGGGUUCGUGCCUCGAGUCCAGGCUUAUGAAAACUACUAUGGCUCUGUUGAAGAUCAAAAUUUUGGUGUCGACCUGGAAGCUAGAGCGCGAGCAGACCGCAAGCGAGUGCCUAUCCUUGUAACUACGAUUUUGACCUACCUUGACAACCGAUACCCCGAACUUGAGGGCGACGAAGCACGACGUGCAAUCUGGCUAUUCGAUGUUCCCUUGGCGGCAACGCACAGUCUUCGCAAUGCGUUGAAUAACAGCAAAACGGAUUAUCACGAAGUGUUAGAAAAAUACGAGAUACCCAUUGUUGCAAGCGUUUUGAAAUUAUACCUCCUUGAAUUGCCAGAUUCCCUUGUUUCUUCUCAAGUCUACGAAAUUGUUAAAACCAUCUAUUCUACAACCGCUCAUGAGACCACGGAAGAGGGACGGAUCAAGGUUCUACAGAGCACACUUGGGCAACUCCGUCUCAACAAUAUUGCUACGCUUGAUGCCAUUAUGACCCACUUUACACGCCUGAUUGAUUUAACAUCUGCCGAUGAAGCGUUCGUUUCUACUCUCGCCCAAGGAUUGUCUCAAUGCGUUCUCCGACCUCGUACGGAGAGCAGCCUCACGAUGAAUGAGCGUCACAGCUACCGUCUGAUCCGCGACCUCUUUGCUCAUAAGGAUGCCAUCUUUGGCGAGCUGAAGCGUCAGUCGAGUGUCCUUGGACUUUCUACGACCAGCAGCAAUCGUCCUCGUGCCAUCAGCACAGACGAGAGCAACCGCCGAGCGGCCAUGGAGGCCCGUAACCGUGCUAUUGUCGACCGCAGUCGUGCCAACAGCCCUCACCCUCCUAGAAAGCACCGUCGCGACCGCUCCAGUGGUGCAUCGGAAACUAGACGAUUCCCGAUCAAUGUCACCAGUCCGACUGAGCGACGAACCAACACAAGGAGCAGUCUGGACGUUCCCAUCAACAGCGAGUCUCCAACGGGAACUGAUCAGCUAUCGAAUGUCAACAUCCAUGCCGCUGAAGCUGCCACUAACGGCACAUCCAGCGAGUCUCCAGUCUCUGCUGUUGAGAGUGUAAGUGUCUCAUCGGGUGCAUCUAGCCCACCGCCAGUGGCCACUACAUCAGAGGGCUCUCCUACCCCCACGCCUACACCGGCUGCUGUUUCUGGUACUGCGGACAGCGGGAAGCGCAGCUCCAUUUCUCGCCCUACUGCCCGUUAUAACCGCAAGCCUGGCCUCGGUAGCAUCUCCAGCUUCUCGGGUGUCGCUGGCGGAGCUGAAACAAACAGCAACCGGAACAGUCUGGCAGAAAGUGAGCCAAAAGGUGUGACAUUGGAAGACAAGCCAAUGGAUGAUGAUUAA